GUGUCUGUUGAGGAAGUGCAUGAGGUCACCAGAUUCCAUGCUAAGAUUCUCCAUCCCAAGUUCUCAGUUAUCUCUGUUAUACUGAGCUAUAUCUUUUUUGGAACGUAGAUGUCCACUGUGACGUGGUCCUCUAUAUGGCAGUAAAAAAGGCAACAGUAAUUUCACGGCUGUACAUGCUCCUCAGAAACUCCAGUCAGAAAGAGGCUGUUCGGGACCGGGAGAAACAUCAGGUGUCCCAAGGAUAUUCAGAAUUGGUGCUGUCAAGUCCAAACGGGUCCUUAAAGCUGAACAGUUGGUUUGCAGUCAAGAAUCCCCAUUCCUCCUCCAUCAAUCCAGAGAAGAUUCAGCUGUUACCUGCAGACACCACACCAAGCUGUUGUAAGAUGGUUAUGAGAAACACAGGGGUUGACAUUGAGAUGGAGUUAAUCGGGGAUGAUGAGAGGACAGUAUGGAGAGAUAUGGUACCAACAGAUGAAUACAUCCCUGAAACCCAUUCAACUAGUGCUGUGUUGGGGGCAGGGCGUCCGGCUGAGAGCAGUCUGACUGGUUCUACAGAGCAGCAGCUGCGUUCUGUACGGACAGAGUUUGUGAAUCGCGUGUCAGGACCUGUCCUGGAUGGUCUGCUGGACGGACUCCUGCAACACACAGUCAUCAACCAGGAGGAAAUGGAGUCAGUAAAGGUGAUAGCUGCGAGGGCAGAUAAGGCACGUUACAUCAUCGACAUGGUGUUGAGAAAAGGAACUGAGUCAUGUUCCAGGAUGAUCAACCUUCUUGGGGAGCUGGACCCCUGUCUUUGGUCACAGCUUCAGAUCUACAGUUGUAGCCAACCCCUGGGUUGGGGAGACCAGGCAGAAUAGACAGGCAGGGUGGUUCAACGUGGUCUUGUUGUCUGUUGCUUUAAUUCAGGCUCCCAAAAAUUUACAGAAAAUGUCAAUCAAACAUGACCACUAUAAUAGCAAUAAACUAACCAAAGGUCCAGCCACACAGCCUCUCUCCUUCUGCAGCCUCCUGGAGGUGUGGAUCUUCUAGCAGGAGGAUCAGUUAGUCCUCCACUAGGUACCUAGCUGGACCCCUAUCUAGCAGGAGGGUCAGUUAGUCCUCCACUAGGUACC